CUGCUAUCAACAACACCAAAUACGAGUCCCCUCUUUUCUCGUCCGGUAGACACAGCUGGAGAAUGAUUGUUUACCCUCAAGGAAACGAAGAAGAUAAUGGAAAGGGCUUUGUGUCAAUGUAUGUGGAACUUGACAAGAGCUGCUUCUCAUCGACAACAACACCACCCAAGGAGGUCUUUGCUUAUCUCUCUUUCUUUGUGUUUAACAUGAAAGAGAACAAGUACUUCUCAGUUCAAGAUGUGGAGGUGAAGAGGUUUGAUUCAUCAAAAACUGUGUGGGGAGUAUCUCAAAUGCUUCCACUUGAAAAGUUCAAUGACACUGAAGAUGGUUUUAACUGGCAUGGGGAAUGUAAGUUUGGUGCUCAUGUGGUGGUUGUUCCAUCACCUGUCUCGUUUGGUGAGACACUUCCUUUUCACAAAUUCUCUUGGAAGGUUAGGGAUUUCUCUGUUCUGAAACAGAAUGAUUACGUGUCGAAAACCUUUGCAAUGGGAGAAAAGAAAUGGACUCUUAAGCUGUAUCCAAAGGGAGACUCUCACUCUAGAGAAGGUGACGACUUGACCAUGAAUUUGCUUUUAGCUGACGGUGAAAUCUUACCGCGGGGUGAGCUGAUUUGCGUGCAAAUACAUCUGAAGGUUCUAGACCCGCGUGGAUCCAAUCACCUAACAGGAUGGAGGAGAGGUUGGAUCUUGCCCUCAACCAAAGACUAUGGGUUUCCUCUAUAUAUAUGUUUGGCUAAACUUCAAGAAGCUUUGGACCGUGAAGAUGCUUUGGAUGUAGAGAUCGAAUGCGAAGUUCUUAACGCCUUCAAGAACCAUCCUCUCUUUUAGGUUAUCUGUUUUGGUUAUCAUGCAUGUCUGUCUUGUUGUCUACUACUCUGUAUGACUUGCUCUGUUUGUUUUAUGGGCGUAGAGAUUGACUUGUGAAGUUCUUUCUACCAAAUGCUUUGUCUAUGUUUAGGAUAUCUAUUU